AUGUCAACUGAUUCGAGGCAACAAUUCCUUUCAUUACUGAAGUCAAUACAGGAUAUUGAACAGUCUAUCGCUGAGAAAAAAACACUUUAUUUACAUGAACUUGAAGAAAACAAAAGAUUGAAAAACAUCCUUGCACAAGAACCAAGCCUUAGUAAUUUUAAUAAUUAUGACAUGAGUGUAUUUAAGUAUAUAGACGAUGAGAUAGAGAAUAACAAAAAGAUUUAUAACCAAAUAUGUCAAGAGAUUUAUUUGGCUCAAAGUGAUGAUUUAGUGAGAAAUAACUAUAAUACCAAUGGUUUCUCUGUAUAUAAUACUUGUGAUACGAUGCCAGUUGAGCCUUAUAAAGAAACAACACAACAAAAUGAUAUUUCACAACCUAUACAACAACAAAAUGAAUUUACCCAAGAACAGAUACCGUGUUAUAUACCUCAAUAUGUUAAUUUACAAUUUAAGUCUCUUCUUAAAUAUAUAGAAUCAAAUGGAUUGACUUGUUGUAUUACUUUUAGUACUGAAAGAAAACAAAUAAAUUUGGCUCUAUUGAAACAAGUUUAUAGAAAUAAUUCCACUUUAAUGAUUGUUCAAAUGAGGUGUGGAAAUAUUUUUGGUAUCUUCUUCAAUAAUACUACUAAAUCUCUCUUUAAGAUUAUUUCACCAGUCCCUUAUGAAUGUGGGUUAUCAACUGUUUUUCAAAACGAACCAAACUCUUAUCUUCAAAUUACUGAUGAAUAUAUAGACUAUAACCUUCUAAAAAUUUAUUUUAGUGGUAUUAUUGAAUUUAAUUUUAAUCCAGUGACUAAGAUAUGUAUAGAACCUCCUUAUAUGGAUUAUUUUUCACUUUAUUCAGUUAAUUAA